ACUUUUAAUAUAAAAGAAAUUUAUAUUGUGCCAAAAAAAUAUAUUAUUUUGUGACACCGAUAGUGGGGGCAAAGACCAUUUGGCAUAGGUGGCAAACAGUAAACAGAAGAAGCAGAGUGAGCAAUGGAGGAGAAGAAUUCAGGCGAAGAUGAGAGAGCGGCUCUUCUACUCCUGGAUCGCGCAUCUCGAGCUACAAGAGGCAAACGUCUCUCGAAGCUUCUCGACGACGAAGUUCAACAAGACGAAUUAUUCUGGAGCCAAGAUGCUCUCAAAGAAGAAGCUGAAGACGAUAACUAUCAAGAAGAACCCGAAAUCGCCGACGAAUUCGAUUCCGAUUUCGACCAAGACGAGCCUGAACCUGAUGAUGAACAACAGCAAAAGCAAAUUGAUGCAGAUGAAAGAAUGAAUAAAAGGAAGCGAUUGGUUUAUCCUGGGAAGACAUUGGCUAAGAAGAAGAAAAAGAAGAAAGCUUUAGCUAAUUUGGAUAAUCCUUCCAAAAAUGAUGAUGACGAAGAUGAUAAUAAUAAGAACAAAGCUACUGAGGAUCAUGAUGAUGCAAAGGAGAUAAUGAUUAGGAAAUCUACUAGAACUUCUGUCAUUGUUCGACAAGCCGAAAGAGAUGCUAUUCGUGCUGCUAUCCAAGCAACCAGCAAGCCAGUGAUAAAAAGGAAGAAAGAAGGUGAGGAGAAGAAAAUGUCACAAGAGGAGAUGCUUUUAGAAGCUGCUCAAACAGAAAUUAUGAACUUGCGGAAUUUGGAGCGAGUUUUAGCUAGAGAGGAAGAAGUUAAGAGGAGAGCAAUUGUGCAUAAAACUGUCUAUAAUGGUCCACAGAUACAUUACGUUUCAAAAAAUGGUUGUUCGUAUUUGGAGUUUACUAAAGGGGCGUCAUUUCACACAGAUAUUGCCACAACAUCUCAAGAAUAUCCAGAACAACCUGUUUGCGUGAUUACUGGUUUGCCUGCCAAGUAUCGUGAUCCAAAGACUGGGCUGCCAUACGCUACAAAAGAGGCUUUUAAAAUAAUUCGACAACGCAUUGCGGAUGAAAGUGCCAACUCUAGAAAGGAGACAUUUAUGGGAGGCUUAUAUGAUUCAGUUUCUGGAUAUGGUUUUCCAACCAAGCAAAAGAGAUCGAAAACGCGAGACAAAAAUAUACAUCCACAUGAUCGUUCCUUGGCUCGUUUUCGUAGAAUUCCUACUUUUGAAGAUGAAGAUUCUGACUAACUGCCUUGGUGAUUUUUUUCCUCCUAUUUUAAGUUAGUCUUCUUUUAUUGUUCACCCUCUUGUAAUGAAAAUGCAUGAAUCGUGAUUUUAAUCUUAGUGCCAAAUCAUGAAAGAAGUCAUGGCUGUGCUUCGUUAUCUGGACCUCAGGUUGGGAUAAUAGUAGAAAUAGAGUGUGACGCCCAUUUCAAUAUUAGCAAAGUAAUCUUCGGUCUCCUGUGGUAUGUAUUUUUAAAAUUGAUCCUGGUCAUUUUUUUAAAAGGAGAAUUCACUACACAUGAGUAAGAUACAUAAUAUGUCAAAACUUGCUAUUGCUGAAGUAUAGGAAUAUAACUUUGAAGUUCAAGGAUAGUAGACUGAAAUUUGUGGUUUUAGAACUAUGUUUGGAUAUCUAAUGAUGAGUUGAGACCGGGUACAAAAGCAA